UUAUAUAGGGGCGGGGGGGGCAGCGGCGGCGCCGCAUUGCAGGCGGCAGCGGGUACCAUGGAGCGGCAGCUGGUUUGCCUUCUCGGGCUCCUGGCGGCUGCUGUGGCAAGUCCUCUUCUGUGGCAGAAAGAGUGUGUGAAGGGCCCAGAGGUGUGGUGUCAGAACAUCCGGACAGCGUCACAGUGUGGGGCACUGAAACACUGCCAGCAGAAUGUCUGGAGCAAGCCUACUGUAAACAGCAUCCCCUGUGACUUGUGUAAGGAGCUGGUGACAGUGGCUGACAAGGUUUUGAAGGAUAAUGGCACCGAGGAUGAGAUUCGCUCUUACUUGGAAAAGACAUGCGAGUUUCUUCGUGAUGAAAGCCUGGUCUCUGAGUGCAAAGAAAUAGUGGAUUCUUACCUACCAGUUAUCAUGGAUAUGAUCAAAGAAGAGCUAGAUAAACCUGAAGUGGUGUGCAGUGCCCUUGCAUUGUGCCAGUCCCUUCAGAAGCACCUUGCAUCAAUAAAACUUCAGAAACAACUCCAGUCCAACAAGAUACCAGAGCUGGACUUCUCUGAACUGGCAUCCCCGUUCAUGGCUAAUGUGCCUCUUCUACUUUACCCUCAGGACAAACCCAAGCAGAAGUCUAAGGGAAGUGGAGAUGUGUGCCAAGACUGCAUCCAGCUAGUGACUGAUGUUCAGGAAGCUGUGAGGUCAAAUUCCACUUUUGUCAAGUCUUUGGUUGCUCAUGCCAAGGAGGAGUGUGACCGUUUGGGACCUGGAAUGUCUGAUAUGUGCAAGAGCUAUAUCUCUGAAUAUUCUGACUUGGCUAUCCAAAUGAUGAUGCAUAUGCAACCAAAGGACAUUUGUGCCAUGGUGGGGUUCUGUUCUUCGGUGAAGUCUGUUCCGCUUCAGCCUCUGGUGCCAGCUCAAGUGAUUCAUGAAGUGAAAAUGGAAACUGUGGAAAAAGCCUCAGUUCAAGAGAAAGACCUUUCCUUGUGUGAAAUAUGUGAGACCAUGGUGAAAGAAGUGACUGGUCUCCUUGAGAGCAACAAGACAGAGGAGGAGAUUGUACAUGAGAUGGAGGUGGUCUGCUACCUGUUACCAAGGAGCAUCAAAGACGAGUGCAAGGACUUCAUUGACGUCUACGGACAGGCUUUGAUUGACAUGCUCUUGGAGGCAACGAAUCCUGAAUCUGUGUGUGUUAUGCUGAAAUGCUGUGCAGCCAACAAGCCUCCACAGCAGCCAGUUGCAGUGAAACCUGCAGAUGGCUUUUGUGAUGUCUGCAAGAUGGUGGUGGCUUAUGCAGACAAAGAACUAGAGAAGAAUGCAACAACAGCUGAAAUUGAGGCUUUACUGGAAAAAGUCUGUCACUUCCUACCACAGUCUGUCAGUGAACAGGUCCGUCUCCCAAGUGUCUCUGCUUCUGCUAUAAAUGUCCAGUGCGUUCAGUUUGUGGAACAGUAUGAACCUGUGGUUGUGCAACUCCUGGCAGAGGUGAUGGAUCCCACUUUUGUUUGCACUAAACUUGGAGUCUGUGAAUCAGCUAAACAGCCUCUUCUGGGGGAUGAUGCUUGUGUCUGGGGUCCGGGUUACUGGUGUAAGAACAUGGAGACUGCUGCUCAGUGCAAUGCUGUGGAUCACUGCAAACGCCACGUUUGGAACUAGAAGAUGACUUUCCAGUUCUGAGUGAUUGCCGUGGCUCUUCCACGCGGGCCAAGGUUUGCAGAGAGCUCUAUCUCAAAUGUCCCUCCUCUCUGCCUCGUUAACAGUUUGACCUUCAAGUUCCUUUUUAUCAUAACUCUUCUGUAGCAGUGCUGCUGUUUGAAGGAUCAGAUCUUCAUUGUUGACUUAACAAAAGAUGUUUCUGAUUGUACAGUUUAACUCAUUAUGCUCCUAAAACUAGUGUGUUGUAGUUUUUAAACUGGUAGGCUGAAGUGGGGUGGCUUUUUUUUUUUUUUAGGUGCUGAGAAAUAAUGGCAAAGAAAGUGAAAUGAAACAAAGCAAUUCUUAAUUAAAAAGAACAAGGUGGUGACUAAACUUUCUCUCUGUAGUGUUGGGAGGGCGAAAUACUUUUGCAUUUUAAACUUCUGGCUGGAAGAUGAAUGUUCUCUGUAACCAUAGGGGAAUUCUAAAGGCUAAUACUUGAUCAGGGAGUCCCUCUGGCUGGAAUUUCUAAAGCUCUACAGAUGCAGAGGAGAGGAGACUUUGUGUGCCCAGACAACUUUCAAAGUAGCUAGUACCUAAAAAGAAGAUAGGUGCUUGAGUGGCCACGCUUCUGCAUUUGAAUGCCCACACAUAUGGCUUGUGGUGUUACCAUAGCUAAGGAAACCUUCAAGCUUUGGUCAUGUCCUUCUGGUUUCCUUGGCCUAAGCAUGGGUGUUCUGCUGUCAAGCUCGGUGCAGGGGGAUUUCAGUCAUUUGAAGCAUGCUGAUGCACUUAAGGAAUCCUUUCUGUGGUGGUUUGUUUUUUUUUCCUUAUCCUAGUUGCUCAAUCCUGCUUAGUCUUGCAGCUUUCUACAUGCAGCCAGCUGGGUGCCAAGGAGGUGGAGCAAGCUGGGUCCAUAGAAGACACAAAGGAGAAAGUCAGCAGGGGCUGUGCACAUGUCAAAGGGAGGGUAGAAUGCCUGGGAAAAAAGAUGUUGUUACGUUGUUUGUUUUUGUGGAGUUUUUAGGUAAACUAUCAGUUUAUUCCUGGAUCUGUUUUUCUCUCAUAGCAUAUUUAGGUCAUUAAAGCUUCAGAGGUACUUAGAGGCUCGUGGGCAGUUUCAUUGCUGCCACCUGCUCUCACUGAUGGUCACUCUUCUGAGCAGUUUGAGGUGUUAUUUCCCCCCUCCCCGAGUUCCAAUUCCUGUUGGGAGUUGUCGAAGUAGCCAUUGGAGAUGGCAGAUGGCAAGAGGGGUGCAGCAGGUAUUUGGCAGGUCAGCUGACAACUGUCCCAUCGUGCUCCUGCAGCAUCCCUCUGAAACAACUUGAACUUCCAAACAAAAGCCCUUCAAGGCCAGCUGCUACACUGCAAGCAAGUCAGACACUUGAGGUGUAGGGGCCUCUAGAAUGACAAUCACCUUGCUUGAGGUGGACCUUGCAUCCCCUACCGGCAUUUAGCUAUCAGCUGUUCUGAUCGGGUUACCCCCCUAAAACAGAGGCACCAGAGUAGCUCUGAAGAGACCUUUGGGGAGGAGGAGCUGGGCAGAGGUGGAGCUUUGAAAAUUCCAGGCCUGUUCAGGAAGGUGCCAGCAAUUGCUACUGUACCUGUGGUGUCCUGGGUGAGACUUCAGCAGCAAGCAAAGUGAUUUUCAUGCAGUGUGGCGGAAAACCACUCAGCUGCAGCCUUUUACUGCCUGUACACACUGAAAUGUCUGGGCAGCGGUGGGCCCAGUCUGGGCAAUACUGAUGUGUCCUUCCUCUUUGCCAUGGCUUUAAACUAAAACAAAGCAAACUAAUUUCCCUUAAGGAUGUAAACCAGCUGCAGCUUUCUGUGCUGGCAGGCUUGUGCAGUGAUUCCAGCAGCAUGUCCCAGUUGGGGUAGAUAGGUCAGAUAGGAAAUGGGCUUUCUCCAGUGCUGCUGCCCUAAAGGUACAGGUUGUGUUAUGCCACAUCGUGUGGGAUGCUUUUGGAUCUUUUAGGCUGGGUGGCAUUCUCUUAAUAUGAAGACUCUGGAGGAGGUAGGGAUGAAUUGAUGCUUGUGGGUUGGUGAGGUUUUAACGUUCUUGGGUUUGUAGUAGGGAAGGAUUUGUCAGGAGAGGUAAUCCAGGGGAAAUCCUGUGCUGGCUCUGGGAGUCUCUUCAUGUUUGUUUUUUUUUUUAGCCCUUCCUGUGGCCCACUUGAGUUGUGCUGGGGACACACACGUGCAGUUGCUUUCUAAAGAACAUUGUUUUGAUUUUUGCACAAAAGCUUCCUUAAUGAACAAUAAAAACUCCUGUAAACCGAUAA